UUUCCCUUUUAGCCUAACAGUUCAUAAUUGAUACUCCAAUUUUGUAAUCUUUUAUACUCCCCCUUUCCUUCCUCGAAGGAAAAUUGCCUUCAGAAAUCAUUCGAGAGAGGAAACAAAAUUCACAGAAGCCACAGCGAAUCGAAAUCUAGAUGAAGAUGAGCAGUACGCAAGGUCCACAUUCUCUGGCCUUUAGGGUCAUGCGACUAUGUCGACCUUCUCUUCACGUCGAAACUCCGCUCCGUUUCGACCCUACAGAUCUCUUGUUCGGCGAAGACCUGUUCGAUGAUCCUGUUGCCGCUGAGCAUCUCCCUCGUCUCCUAGCCGAUACCGUCUCCUCCGCUGCCGCCACCACCGCCGGCAAUACUUCAGCUGAUCCCUCGGAUCUGUCUUACCGGAAUAGAUUCCUUCUUCAGCAUCCUUCUGAUUCGCUUGGACUCCCUGGCCUCCUACUUCUCCCUCAGUCCUUCGGGGCGAUAUAUUUGGGAGAGACAUUCUGCAGUUAUAUAAGCAUUAAUAACAGCUCCAACUUUGAAGUUAGAGAUGUUACCAUCAAGGCAGAAAUCCAAACAGAGAGGCAGAGGAUACUUCUUUUAGAUACUUCUAAAUCACCUGUGGAAUCAAUACGUGCUGGAGGGAGAUAUGACUUCAUUGUGGAACAUGAUGUGAAAGAACUUGGUGCACACACGUUGGUAUGCACUGCUCUUUAUAGCGACAAUGAUGGUGAGCGUAAAUAUCUUCCACAAUAUUUCAAAUUUAUGGUCGCAAACCCACUUUCUGUUAGAACAAAGGUUCGCGUUGUUAAGGAAACUACCUUUUUGGAGGCUAGCAUAGAGAAUCAUACAAAAUCUAAUCUCUAUAUGGACCAAGUUGAUUUUGAGCCAGCUCAGCAUUGGAGUGCUACAGUACUAAGAGGUGUUGAUCAUCAACCAGAGAGCAGACAGCCAAUGAGUGAUGUAUUUAAGCCCCCUGUUCUCUUAAGAUCUGGAGGCGGGGUCCAUAAUUUCCUCUACCAAUUGAAAUUAUCAUCCGAUGGCUCUUCAUUGCCAAAGGUGGAGGGAAGUAAUGUCUUGGGCAAACUCCAGAUUACUUGGCGCACAAAUUUGGGAGAACCUGGACGCCUUCAGACACAACAAAUUCUUGGAAGUCCUAUUGCUCAUAAAGACAUUGAGCUAAGAGCAGUGGAAGUGCCAUCCAUUAUCAUGCUGGAGAAACCUUUCGUAGUACGGUUGAAUCUCGCAAACCAGACAGACAGGUUGCUGGGCCCUUUUGAAGUUUGGGUGUCACAAAAUGAAUCACUCGAUGAGAAGGCUGUUAUGGUUAAUGGUCUUCUAACAAUGCAUUUGGCGCAGGUGGAAGCAUUUAGCUCUUCAGAAUUCCAGUUGAACCUGAUUGCUGUGAAGCAUGGGGUACAGAAAAUCACAGGCAUUACAGUGUUUGACACGCGUGAGAAGAAAACAUAUGAUUCUUUGCUGGAGUUGGAGGUAUUUAUCGAUUCACAGUAGGUGCUUGAGCCAGAUGUGGUUGCAAAAUAAUAGGAAGGCUGAUCUGAUUGAGGUUGGAGUUUCUGUUGGUUGAGAGUUUUUACAACUCGGAACGUCAAAGUUGAGAUCUAGCCAGUUCAUUGUCAAAGGAAUUCUCGUCGUCCAAACAGAUGAGAAGGACACUUGACCGUUGAAUGGUCCCAAUGGAUCUUAGCAUUCAUCCAGAAGAUCUUAAAAUGAUGUAACAUGUGUUUUUCUCGAUCAAUCGGCAGUGUACACUAGCUAGCACAUGUUAUUUUCUUAGUAUAUAGUUUUGUGCCUGUCCUACUCUACCAAUGUGCUACAAUUUCUGAUGAAGAUCAUUUUCUUUGGUCUUGCCUUUGUC